CCAUCAGUGUAGAAAUAUCAGUUUGUAGAAAUAUCAGUUCGUAGAAAUGCUCAAGCAGGAGGAGGCAUGAAAUGAUAAGUUGUAAACAAUCAGUGUUGAGAGUCGAAAACUUUGAAUACCGUUUACACCUAUUGAGAUUUGUAAUCACAAUACUAUGUAGUCUUCAAACAAUUUUUAAAGUUCUCACAAAAUGUUUAGUAUAUCGGUUCACUACACUAAUCUCCACAACAAUAAACACACAUUAAGCUUUUUUAAUGCAUUUGAAUCGUAUUAAACUUGAAAAAUAGGAGAGACCAAUAUAAGAAGAUCAGUCCUGCCAACCUCUUGAUAUGACUCUUGCUUCUCCAUGGAACUGUCAUUUAAAAACAGACUGCAAAGUUUUAAUUACAGGCAAUAAUCUGAUAUUUCAGUCUACUAGGAAUCAAAUCUAUAAUAAUUAGUGUAAUAAAACGAGUGUUAAUAAAACCAAUAUAAGAAGAUCAGUCCUGCCAACCUCUUGAUAUGACUCUUGCUUUUCCAUGGAACUGUCAUUUAAAAACAGACUGCAAAGUUUUAAUUACAGGCAAUAAUCUGAUAUUUCAGUCUACUAGGAAUCAAAUCUAUAAUUAGUGUAAUAAAACGAGUGUUAAAUGUUGAAAAAUAGCGCAAAUAAUUGAUUUGGUAGCAGAUAAUGAUGACAGUAGCCGUGCAAGUAGCAGAGAGUGGCAAAAGAUCAUCAUGUCAAGAUAUCAUCAAUUGAAUGAUAAUUUAUUUGAAAAUUUAAGAGUGGCUGUAUGCGAUGUUGUGUUUGCAGUUGAGAGGAGAGCAGGUGUGACUAGGACCGACCACAGGGUGUGACUAGGGUCAUGGCCAUGUGUCUAAUGUCAAUUUUCAUCAGAUCAGUCUUCAAACUAGACAAGGGUUUGUCUCAGCCUACAAUGGAGACUAGUGAAUGAAGAGGCUUGAAGUUGGUGACAUUGUAUACUUUCAACAUGAAUAUCUCGACCAGUGUGGGUCUCUUCACCCAUGAGUCAGUGAUGAACGCUUUGGUAACAGAUCUAAUGUCAUCAUCAUCAUCAUCAUCUCCUACAUCUGUAGUAGAGCGAUUCACUUGUUUAGUAAUCAGUGAUUCUGAGUUUGACAUACUCGAUUCUAAUGCCUUGCAAAGCGAUAAGCUCAAAGAACUAUCUCAAACAAUAAGGGACACUUAUAUGGAUGAUGGAUCAAGCAGAAAUAGCUGUAGUGAUCUAUUGCAAACAAACGUCAUUUCUUCAUUAUUACACAAUCAACAUUUGUCCAGCCCUAUGACUGCGCCUUUAAACACCGCUGGAACUGUGGAUGUAGAAGCUGCUGAUGUCAAGUGUUGUAAAAGCGAAUGCUUUGACUGUCAGAUCACCGUACAUAAAAGUGUCAGGGCGUCCAUGCUAGAUUUCAUUCAAAGUUUGGAAAAAUCAACAACAAACACCCCUGUUAAACUUCUAUUGUGUGAUGAGCUGCAAUCAAGUGGAUUGUACAAGUUAGUGCAGACUCUCAAGGAUACUAGAAUCACUCACCUCAAUCUUUGUAAUAAUGGUAUAGACAGUAAUCGAGUAAUUAAUUUAAAAAAACAUGUGCACAGCACAGUAAUCAAAAACCUUAAUUUUAAUAGAAAUGAAAUCAAAGAGAAAGUUUUUCAGUAUUUGAGUAAUUUUUUGAGAGAAACUCAAAGAUCUCUUUUUAUUGAUGUGAGGGAAGUGUAUCUCAACGAUUCGGGAUGGGAUGUAACUACAAUAUCAGAAAACUCGGCUAAAACUUAUCUUUGUAGAAGUCACGAUUGCAUAGGCCCCAAAUAUGUAAAAUCAGUUUUAGACAAAGAAAAAAUAUAUUGUCUAUAUCUUUCUUCGGAAAUCAAUCUUAAAAUCUUUCGAUUCUUUUCGCCAUAUUUGGUAGAAUCAUGUGUUACUAACCUCAUUCUGUUUGGCUGCAAACUGGGCAACGAUGGUGUAAAGACUUUGGCUUCAGUGCUAAAAGACUCACAAAUAUGCUUACUCGAUCUAAGUGGCAACCAUAUAAAUUGCGAUGGCUUGGAAGUGUUAGCUCCCUGUCUAGUGAAUUCAAUGAUUAAUUCUUUGCAUUUAUCCGAUAAUGAAUUCCGCAGGGCUGGUAUAAAUAGUCUCUCUCAUGUUUUGCCAGAUACAAAAAUAACUUCACUUGAUCUCAACAAUAGUUGUUUUGGUGAAAGAUGCUUUGAUGUAUUUUCGGCCUGCCUGGUUAAUACAAAGAUAACGUCGCUUGGCUUCUUGGGUAAUGUUCCUAGUGAUUGUAAUGAAAUGAGAUAUUUAGCAGUUGGAGUAAAAAACUCACAAAUAAGCUCAAUUGAACUUGGCUCCAAUAAUAGAGGUGAUGCUAUUAUUCAGUUACUCUCAUUAUUAGUGGUGGGCUCACAGCUCACUUCUAUAUCUUUGUAUAAUUUUGCAUUAAACUGCUCUCUUAUGGAGGAUUUAGUAAUUACUGUGAAUAAUUCAAAUAUCACAUCAAUAGAGCUUAUACGCACUUCCGUGAACUGUGAAGUAAUGAAAAUAUUUAUAUCAUGUUUGGUCAAUUCAAAAAUCACCAAUUUGCAUUUGAGUAAUGACAAUGAUGAUAAAUUAGACAUUGGCGCUGUGAAAUGUUUGGCACUUGCUUUAAAAGACACGCUAAUCUCCUCGCUCGACCUCAGUUGGAAUGGAUUGGACUGUGAAAGUUUGAAAGUUUUGGCACCAUGUUUGGUGGAUACAAAAUUAACAGUUCUCAAUCUAAAAGGAAAUAGAUUAGAUAAUAGAAAGGAGGAUAGGCGUAAAGGUUUUCUUUAUAGAAAGUAUGAUGUUGGUGUACAAUAUCUUGCACUAGCUCUGAAAAACUCAAAAAUAACAGAUUUGAAUAUUGCUAAUAAUUAUUUGACAUGCAAAAGCCUGAUGAAUAUCAUACUGAGUUUGCCGGAUACAAAAAUUACAAAACUCAAUAUCGGAGAUAAUGAAGUUUGUUGUAAUCUGAUUUAUUUGGCUAAUAUUCUGAAAAAUACUCAAAUUAGUUUUCUAUGUCUUGGUAGGAUGAGCCCCAGUGUAUAUUCCCCCUAGAACAGUAUAUUCUAGAGUAAAUGAUAUCAUAUCUGAUAACAGAUGUACCGGUACCUCACUACUUAAUCUUUGCAGAGAAAUUAGAUGCACAUUCGCUUUGUAUUAUCUUUUCAAUAAAGAUCUGUUGCAGAUUCAAAAACUUACCUCCCUCAACCUCAGUGGAAAUCAGAUUGCUUGUUGUGGAGAACUGAAAGAACUUUGUCAGUUCUUGACAAAAUCACAAAUUGUUUCAUUAGAUCUCAGUGACAACAGAAUCAAUUGCGAUGGCGUUUAUUAUCUAGCACAAGUCUUGCAAUCCACUAAAAUUUAUUCAUUAAAUCUAGCAGGGAAUGAAAUUUCUACUAAUGGUGUUAAACAUUUGACCCUGAAUUUUUCGGGGUCACAGCUAACAAAACUUGAUCUAUCACAUAACUUGAUUACAGACGAGAGCAUUGACUACCUAUAUGAAAUUCUCGUAGAAACAAAAAUCAAAGAUCUCAAUCUACGUGGGAACCAUAUUGGACGCCAAGCUGUAAAUCACUUGUGUGAACGAGUUCCUGAAAUUACUAUUCAAUUUGAUUUGAUCAAUGAUGAUUUUUCUCACCAUAUUAAUAUGUACAAGUAUCCAGAUUGUAUUAUUGAGAUUCACCAGGCAUUCCUUGAUAGAGGGAUUGAAAGUGUAAUUAAUUAUGUACGAGAUAAAACCGAAAUCACAAAGGUAUACAUCAAUUCCCGUGAAACCCAAUUUCAUCAUAGCUUCAAACCAGCCGAUUUAGUUGAUAUGAUUCAUUCUAGUAACAUCAACAUCACUGAAAUUGAAAUGGAAGAAUCUUGUAAGUUUCCAUAUUAUUUAUUUAAAAGCUUACCUCAAUUGACCUUGAAUGGACCAGGACGAGAGUAUGCACCUGGUGACGAAGGGGAGAAAAUUAUUGAACUAAGAAAAAAUACAAAGAAAUUCGGGCUCGUAGGUUUCCGGUUCAGCAAUAUUUUGUACCUCAAUGUAAGCGGUAACAAUAUGGAGGAUGACAUAUUAAAAUUGCUUGCUGAGGCAUUGAAGCGCAACACCAUGAAUAAAAAACAGAAUAAUUAUUUGAUAUCUUUGAAUUUGAGUAAUAACAAAUUGGGAGCAAGAAGUGUUGAAUUGCUUGCAGAAGUCCUUCCAUCUAUACCAUCAUUAACCUACAUCGAUCUGCAUGGCAACAAAAUAGGAUAUUCAGGAUUCAAAUCUCUGAUGGAAGUAGUUGACAAAACAAGCCUGUGUUGGCUUUCGUUGGGAGACAAUAAUAUCGAAGACCAGUUGCAGGAAAGCAUUGAACUAUCUCCUUACAUUGUGCCCCGAAAGGGUGAUGAAACGCCAGUUGCUUUCCAAGUGAGGUACUUAUUCAGGCAACUGGUGUCAAUGAACACAUGCAGUGGUGAACUUGAAUUCACAAUUCCCACAACCGACUCAAACCCUCCCGUCAAUAUCACCCACUAUCCCAAGCUGCUCAAGAUCUAUUCUGCAUUGAAAAUGACGUGAAAUAUCUCAACGUGCAAGUUUAUGACAACUAUUACAUGAAAAGUAAGAGGCAUGACAGACGGCUUUUGGAAAAAAUGAGAAAUUUGGGAAUGAAAUUGAGAAAAGAUUUUUAUCAUUCAUUAACAGCAUCUCAAAUCAAACGAAACUCGAACAGGCAUUUGGCUAUGACAGCUUUGUUGUUCUUGUCAGGGAGUGUGAACGCCUAGAGUUGAAUGAAUGUGUUGAAUCUCUAUUACUCCAUCGAGUGUUGUAUUAUGUGGAUGAUGAUGAAGAGAUAUUGCAUCCAUUCAUUUAUAGAAUGAUGCACAAAUACAGUAUGCCUCUAUAUUGUAAACAAAUCGAACCAAAUAAGAGGAAGCAAAUAAUUGCUUAUUACAAUAAUCAUCCGGAAAUCGAAGAAGCUGAGGCACUAAUUGAUUUGUUAGCAUCUAUGUCACAAGAGGAAAAUUGAUAUUUCUGGUAACAAAGCAGCCAUCAGCCUUAUCUUGACAACGAAUUAUGAAUUAUGUUAGCGAAUGACUUUUAAUUCUAGUCCAAACCUAGAAAAUAUAACAUUUUUGCUGUUUGUUUCUUUGUUCUGAAUCUAAGAUCGUUUUAAUUCUGUUGUGAACACAAUAUUAUCUAUUUACAGUUUCAAAAUAUUUUCCAAUAAGAGACAGUUGUCAGUAAUCUAAUUAUGUUUUGUUGGAUAAUUUACAUUUAUACAUUCAUUUUUCACAUAAUUAUGUUGAAUGAGUCGAAUAAUGAUUGAUAAUUAUUUAUUCUUAUUUCAACAUAGCAUCCAAUUUUUUAA